AUGGCAUUGAAAGCUGAAUUGCACGAUAAGUUAAAAUCUCUUGGUUAUGAAUUAGGUCCAUUUGCUUCAAAAGAUACCUUAUCUGCGGUCUUAUGUCUUCAUUCUGUGGUUACGACUCAACAUGAUAUCAAUGUCGCGAAAUUAAACGAUCUUGAACUUCGACGGCAAUUAAUUGAAUACGGUUUGAAAGUUGGACCCGUAACAAAACAUACACGAGCAAUUUAUCAACGUAAACUAUUGGAAGCGUUGACGCAACAAUCGACUGAAUGUCAAGAUGAUGAAGUCGAGAUUGAAGAACCAGUUGUUCGAAAGGAUUAUGAGAAAAAAUCGCUUUAUCCCAAUUUAUAUGAUUCAAAAUCAUCAAAUUACUCGAAAAAAGAUGAUUCACCAAUCAUACGUAAUAAUUACAAGCCUACCAAAGAUUUCACCAGUCGUAAUACGUUCGAAGAGGUUAAUGAGAGUCGAUCACGUUUACCCACAAAACCGACUGAAGCUAAAAAAUCGUCUGUUGAUGAUAAUCAACUAGCUGUGGCAAAAAACAGUGGUAGUUCAACACUCUAUGUUGGUAUUGCAUUAUUUGUGGCAAUUAUUGUCUUUUUUGGUUAUUUAUGGUUGGAAAAAUAA